CCUUUUAUAUGGACACAUUACCUUUAAGCUGUUAUAAUUCUUGUAGCCAUUUGUAGAAAUAUUUUAGAUGUAGCAAUUUUAACUAACCAUUUAAAAUUACGACGUUUUGUUUGUUGUAGUAGAUUAAGGGCCAUUUCGGCAUAUACAUCUAUUAUUAUAUAAAAUAUGACUUGAGCCCACUUGGGGUUGACGAAAACAUUUAAGCCUUGAUGGUGGCAUAAAUAGGGUUUCCUCUGUGUGGUACAUAACAAAGAAAUUCUUUCCUAUCCCCAACAACAUCACGGCCUCGAUUUCGAUUCAUUGCAUUCGAAUUCGACCACGAGGAUAAUGGCGGACGCAAAAUCGCAGCUCAAAGAGCUUUGUCAGUUUUUGAACGCUGACUGUAAGCUAGAGGUUAAGGGAAUCGCCCUGGAGUAUAUUGCUGGGUUAACCGCCCACGAAAAUGGAUGUGAGCUAAUUACAAAUACAAGUAAUUUGCUCCAAAGUCUUGUGAAACUUUUGAUCGAAGAUACUACAGAGGAAAUCAAACGGGAUUGCUUGAGAAUAUUGACAAAUUUAAUUGCCGAUUCUCAAAAAGCAAGCUCAAUUGGCUUGUUAGAUGAAGAUUUUUUGUAUUUUGUUAUCAAAUAUGUUUUAAGCAAGGAAGCAACAUAUGCUGACGAUGCAGCAAAAUUACUCAGCAAUUUAUCAAGGACUGCAACAAAUUGUCAAGUUAUCUUUGAUUACAUCGAUAAAGUGAAAAGUGUCGCUCUAGCAGACUUUGUUGAUGCAUUUUGCAUUAAAGGAUACAACAAGAAAAACAAUCAGUUAUCUCAUUUGGGUUCAUUUCUCUCAAAUAUGACAUUGAUUGAAAAUGCAAGGAAGCUUUUUCUAGAUCAGCAACGCUGUGUCAUUCAGAGGCUGUUACCGUACACUUCUCACAUGGAAUCAAAAAUACGACGUGCUGCUGUUGUCAGGAUCAUCAAAAAUCUUUCUUUUGAAACUGAUUACCAUGACUGGUUGUUAAGCGCAGAUGUUGAUAUUCUACCCCACCUGCUCCUUCCUCUUGCUGGACCAGAAGAAAUAAAAGAAAAUGAAAUGGACCAACUUCCAAUCGACUUACAAUUUCUCCCAGAAAAUAAGGAGAGAGAACCCGAUGAAGAAAUUCGGACCAUGCUUAUUGAAACUCUUUUGCAGCUGUGUACCAGGAAAGCUGGCCGGGAAUAUUUGAGAGACAAUGGGACAUACUACAUUAUGAGGGAGCUGCAUAAUGUUGAGAAAAAUGAAGAUGUUUUGCUGGUUUUGGAAAAAAUUAUUCAGAUUUUGAUUGGUGAUGAGCCUGAAAAAGGAAUGGAGGAUUUGAAGAGAGUAGAAAUACCAGACGACAUUCAACAAAAGUUUAAUGAGGUAGAUUCUAAAGCAAAACUUAACUAA